AAUAUCUAAACGGGUGAUUCUUUUAAAAUGUUGACGUGAUAACUUCACAUGUUUGAUCAUAUUUUACGCUCAUAAUGAAUCUUUUCGGUAGUGUCCUGUUACACAUUUCUCUUUAUUCUCUCGUUUUUAACUUAGAUUUAAUCGAUGAAACAUCUGAUGGUGGCUGGUAAGAGUUAAGAAAUAGCUUUUCUUAUUUCUUGAGUGAUAAUGGGGGGUUUUUAGGUCUGAUCAUUCAUAUUCCCGAUCGCUUUAUGUGGAAGAAGGGCCGUGUACAAUAGUCAAGAAAAAAUAUAACGAUUUAUCACAGGAUGAAUUCAUAAAAUCGUAAGAAACUUGAAACAAUUAUCCAAUAUUUCAUUUUUUACUUUGCGGCAUAGAUACGCAUCUGGUAUAGGACAACCGAUCAUAAUACAAGCUGGAAGUUUUAACAAGAAAUUUCAAGAGAUGUGUAAAAAAUGUAAUCUCAUUGAAAAAUAUGGCGAUAAAAUAAUAGUAUUAAGUACAGCCAACUCGUAUUCGUAUAAUAAAGCUAAAAUAAAAUUUUCCGAAUACGCUGAAAAGUACGUAAAACAGCAAGAUUCGACUAUAGAAGGAUCAAGUACAUAUUAUUGGUUUGGAGAUAAUAAUCAUACAGAAUGGGCUGAACUCUUUGAUAUGUAUAAUCAGCCGCCAUAUAAAAUUCCAAAGUUAACGGGAGCUUUAAGCUUUGGUGUUGCCGGCGCUUUGACUGGAGUGCCUUUUCACAUUCAUGGACCAACCUUCGCCGAAACUAUUUACGGUCGUAAACGUUGGUUCCUUUACCCUCCGUCGGCGUCACCGCAAUUCAACCCUGAUUCUACAACUUUACUAUGGAUACUAGAAUCCUAUCCAAAAUUGGAGGAGGCGGAAAAACCAUUAGAAUGUACACUAAAACCCGGAGAAAUCUUAUUUAUUCCUGAUAGGUGGUGGCAUGCUACAUUAAACUUGGAUAAUGCAGUUUUCAUAUCUACAUUUAUGGGAUAAAGAGAUUCGUUGAAAACAAAAGAUCUAUGCCAUCUGUAUUCAUUUAUGAAGAGAAUUUUUAGUUGAAAAUUUAUAAUUUAUUCUUAAUGAAGUCAUUAUUUAUUUAUUUAAUUAAUUAAAUAAAACAACUAUUACAACAAUAGCCAAUAUUGGAAAAGUAGAAGACUACGAACUAAUUAUUAACCUUUUUACAAAUGUAUCUUAAGAAUAUGAUAGAGGUUUUAUAUGGAAAAUUUUAUAAACAAAUUGCUGUAAACAUAAACAACUUUUCAUUCUGACAGUCAAAAUCCUAAAAAGAACAAUUAUAGAUUAUAUUUCCUGCAAUAU